CAAAAACUAAGCCACAAUGCCUUCGGAUUCGAAAAAACGCGAUGCCCAACGCAAAAAGGAUGCACGCAACAAAAAAAUCACCACCGUUUCGUCGUCCAAGAAAACCAAUGGUGUCACUAAUGGCAAUGCUGAACCUCCCCGCGAAAUGACCGAAGAAGAGAAAUUGUGUGCCAAAUUGGAAGAGGAGGCACGCAUUUCGGCCGAAGCUAGAGCCUGUACCGGUUCCCUGGCCUCUCAUCCCCGUUCACGUGAUAUUAAAAUAGAAAAUUUCUCCAUAACAUUCUUUGGCAGUGAAUUGCUGCAGGACACCAUGUUGGAAUUGAAUUGUGGCCGUCGUUAUGGUGUUAUUGGCCUAAACGGUUGUGGCAAGUCGUCGCUGCUGGCUGUGUUGGGUAAUCGUGAAGUACCCAUACCCGAACACAUGGAUAUUUUCUAUUUGUCACGUGAAAUUCCUGCCAGUUCCAAGACCGCCCUGCAAUGUGUCAUGGAGGUCGAUGAGGAGCGUGUUAAAUUGGAAAAACUGGCCGAAGAAUUGGCCAUGAGCGAAGACGACAAUGAUCAGGAACAAUUGAUUGAUAUCUAUGAACGUUUGGAUGAUAUGGCUGCCGAUUUGGCUGAGGUAAAGGCUGCCCGUAUUCUCCAUGGUUUGGGUUUUGACAAACAAAUGCAACAGAAGCAGGCUAAAGAUUUUUCUGGUGGUUGGCGUAUGCGUAUCGCUUUGGCCCGUGCCCUUUUCGUCAAACCCCAUCUGUUGCUACUCGAUGAACCGACCAAUCACUUGGAUUUGGAUGCUUGUGUCUGGUUGGAAGAAGAACUUAAAGAAUACAAACGUAUUCUAGUCAUUAUAUCGCAUUCCCAGGAUUUCCUUAACGGUGUGUGUACCAACAUUAUCCAUAUGACCCAGAAACGUUUGAAAUACUAUGGUGGCAACUAUGAAGCUUUCGUACGUACACGCAUGGAACAAUUGGAAAAUCAAGCGAAACAAUAUGCCUGGGAACAGGAUCAAAUUGCCCAUAUGAAAAAUUAUAUUGCUCGUUUCGGUCACGGUUCUGCGAAAUUGGCCCGACAAGCCCAAUCCAAGGAAAAGACAUUGGCCAAAAUGGUGGCGCAAGGUUUGACGGAAAAGGUCUCGGAUGACAAGGUAUUGAAUUUCUAUUUCCCAUCGUGUGGCACCAUACCACCGCCGGUGAUUAUGGUACAGAAUGUCAGUUUCCGUUACAAUGAGAAUACCCCAUGGAUUUAUAAAAAUUUGGAAUUCGGUAUUGAUUUGGAUACACGUUUGGCUUUGGUGGGACCUAAUGGUGCUGGCAAAUCAACCCUGUUGAAAUUGCUCUAUGGCGAUCUUGUGCCCACAUCCGGUAUGAUUCGUAAAAAUUCCCAUUUACGUAUUGCCCGCUAUCAUCAGCAUUUGCAUGAACUAUUGGAUUUGGAUGCCAGUCCAUUGGAAUAUAUGAUGCGUGCCUUCCCCGAUGUUAAAGAAAAAGAAGAAAUGCGUAAAAUCAUCGGUCGUUAUGGUUUGACGGGCCGUCAACAGGUAUGCCCCAUUCGCCAACUGUCCGAUGGUCAACGUUGUCGUGUUGUAUUUGCCUGGUUGGCAUGGCAGGUGCCUCACUUGCUGUUGCUUGAUGAACCUACCAAUCAUUUGGAUAUGGAAACGAUUGAUGCAUUGGCUGAUGCCAUUAAUGAUUUUGAUGGUGGUAUGGUGUUGGUUUCUCACGAUUUCCGAUUGAUUAAUCAGGUCGCCGAAGAAAUUUGGAUUUGUGAAAAUGAAACAGUCACCAAAUGGAAUGGCAAUAUUCUGGACUACAAGGAUGCCUUGAAAAAGAAAAUUGUCAACGAAAAUGAAAGCAAGGGCAAAAAGAAAUAGAA